AGAUUCAUACAUCAUCAAGCAGACAUCCAUUGCAUCGCGCAGAUUAAGUUUGCAAAUCGUCAAUUAAGGUUCAUUACAUCUAAAGGAAAGGCGUGUUUUUUAUGUUGGAGUGAAUGGCCUAUUGGCCUAACCUUCUUCGGCUUUAAUGGGGACUUUGGAGCACAUAGCAAGUGCAUAAUUAUGGGUUAUGACUCCUCACCAUUCAAGUUGUCAUUUCCACUCGUCUAUAAUAUCCAACCUGGUAUUCUUGAGAACUAAUUAAGUGGCAUUCCAUCAUAUAUCAAUUCAAUUUAUUCUCUCUUUAAGGGAAAAAAUCAGAUUUCUUUUUUUGUUUGAAUCACUAUACAAUAUAAUAGUUAUGAAGAAAAUUGGGAAACUAGCUGAAGGGGGGUCGCAUCACAAUAUUGUUGUCUAUAUCAGAAUCUAAGCUAAAAUAGUAAUCCACCGUGACCAAUCGUGUGUCAUUUAAAUAUCACAGAAAAAAGUUUGGUUAAUCAUUUUAAGCGCACGAACUCAUGUCACAAUUCCAUUUACCUGUGAUAGCAGGCGCAAUGUGUAUUAUUUCAUCUAGUGUAGUGUAACGUAGCUUUCAAACAGCAGUAUAAUAGUGGAAGGCAUUUCAAUCAGCAUCCAAGUCUGUUAUUAUAUCACAAAACCCAAGUUUUUGUUUAGUCCACUAUUUUUUUAAGAAGAAUUAUUGAAUCCAAAUAUUUACCCGCUUUGAUGAUCAACCUUGACGUGAAGUUCUUUUGAUUAAUAAAAAAUCGCUUUCAUUACUUGGCAAUUUCUUACAUUAAUGUGUGUCUUCUAGCAAUAGGAAUCUUCUAGUUUUUAAACUAGCAAUAUUUCCAAAGAUGCUCCUCGUUCUAAUAUCUUAUAAAACAAAGCAUCUCGACUUCUACAACACUGUCUUCGUACCAAUUUAAAUAGCAUUAUUAUAAGUGUAAUCCAACUGAACUAUAUUCAAGACUUUAGUUCUUGGCUUUUAUUCAUCACCAUUGUUUAGAGAAAGGGCAACAAUAAAACAAGAGAUGUUGAGUCUAUGGAGGGAAGAACUAGUAUUUGUAGUGCAUAAUUAUUAUGACAUAACCAUGGUCUUAUUUUUCUCUAUAGGACUAACAUAUUUGGCUUCAAGAGCUUGGAAAAAAACUACAAGCAAGAGAGAAAAUAUCCCUGGUCGGCUAGGAUUACCUCUUAUUGGGGAAACUUUUUCUUUUCUUUCAGCCACUAAUAGUACAAGAGGAUGUUAUGAUUUUGUCAGACUAAGGCGAUUAUGGCAUGGGAGAUGGUUCAAGACAAGGCUCUUCGGCAAGGUCCACAUAUUUAUUCCUAAUCCUGAAGGUGCGAGGACGAUUUUUUCUAAUGACUUUGAUCUUUUCAACAAGGGUUACGUAAAAUCAAUGGCAGAUGCCGUGGGAAAGAAAAGCUUAUUAUGUGUACCUGUUGAGAGCCACAAAAGAAUAAGGCGUCUUCUAUCUGAACCAUUCUCAAUGAUUUCCUUAUCUGCAUUUAUCACAAAAUUUGAUAAAAUGUUGUGUGGAAGGCUGCAAAAGAUAGAAGAAAGUGGGAAAAGUUUCAAGGCAUUGGACUUCUGUAUGAUGAUGACAUUUGAUGCAAUGUGUGAUAUGCUUAUGAGCAUCACGGAGGAUUCAUUACUCCGACAGAUUGAGAAAGACUGCACUGCUGUCUCUAAUGCCAUGUUGUCCUUCCCUGUCAUGAUUCCUGGCACCAGAUAUUAUAAAGGCAUCACGGCUCGUAAAAGGCUCAUGGAAACCUUCAAAGAAAUUAUUGCUAGACGUAGGAGGGGAGAAGAGUCUCCAGAGGAUUUUCUGCAGUCCAUGUUGCAGAGAAACUCAUUUCCAGCCAGUGAAAAGCUUGAUGACUCAGAGAUUAUGGAUAAUCUUUUGACAUUGAUAAUUGCUGGACAGACUACUACAGCAGCAGCAAUGAUGUGGAGUGUAAAAUUUCUACAUGACAACAGAGAUGAACAGGACAUACUCAGGGAAGAACAAUUGUCUUUAAUCAAAAUGAAGCCAGAAGGUGCUUCACUUAAUCAUGAAGACAUCAACAACAUGCGUUAUGGUUUGAAGGUAGUUAAGGAAACACUGAGAAUGUCUAAUGUCCUAUUAUGGUUUCCUCGUGUUGCACUGAACGACUGUACAAUUGAAGGGUAUGAAAUCAAGAAAGGUUGGCACGUUAACAUCGAUGCAACUUGUAUACAUUACAACUCGGAUCUAUUCAAGGAUCCAUUGAAAUUCAACCCACAAAGAUUUGAUGAAAUGCAAAAGCCAUACAGUUUCAUACCUUUUGGAUCAGGGCCUAGGACUUGCCUUGGGAUGAAUAUGGCGAAAGUGACAAUGUUGGUCUUUUUACACAGACUAACUAGUGGUUACACGUGGACCCUUGAUGAUUUAGAUACUUGCUUAGAAAAGAAGGCACACAUACCUAGACUAAGGAGUGGCUGUCCAAUAACGUUGACGCCCAUAAACAAAAACAUGCCAGAGGCAUAAACAGGGGUCAUGAAAGACUAAGAACGAUGCAACAGACAGCUGUGUAUAUCUGCAGACUUGUGGUUUUGAGGCAAACAACAUCAGACAAAAUAAAUUUGUGCAAGAAUUAUUAAAUCAUUAAUCAAAUUAGUGCACUACUUUCAAGAAUUGAUAUUCCUAAUCUAUGGUUUGUAUACUAAUUAUAUAAAUAUAAAUUGAGUAGUAAAACAUAAGUUGCAAGUUAAUCUGGUGGUGGAGGAUCACGAGACCUGUUAUAACUUUGGGGUAAAUCACCACAAAGAAUAACCAGCAGAAAAGUACUCAUGAGUUGCAGCUGUACCAAACAGAAUAGCAUAACUAAGGAUCCGUUUACUUUCCACGUUUCUUAUUUAAUUUUCACUCCAACUAAUAAACAUAAGAUAAUAUAGAUCAAAUAUUUCUCUCA